CCGAAGGGAGGAGGAGGAGCCGGUUGCCGCCGCCGUUCCCCAGGAUGCGAUGGGGAACUGCUGGGCGCAGUGGUGCUGCGGGCUCUUUUUCCGGAGGGAAGCCGGCCGGCUCCAGCGAGGCGGAGGAUCGAAGUAUUUUAGAACAUGCACAACAGGAGAACACUUCACUAUAGAGUUCGAGAACCUUGUGGAAAGCGAUGAGGGGGAAAGCCCAGGAAGCAGUCACAGACCUCUGACUGAGGAAGAGAUUGCUGACUUGAAAGACAGACAUUAUGACUCCAUUGCUGAAAAGCAGAGAGUUGUUGAUAUGAAACUUCAGUCAGAGUUAGCCUUACAAGAGGAGAAGUUAAGAAUAGAAGAAGAGGCUUUAUAUGCUGCACAACGUGAAGCAGCCAGGGCAGCAAAGCAGAAAAAGCUCUUGGAGCAACGUAGACAGCAAAGAAUAACACAGAGAGCGCAUGCUGUUAAUAAUGGAGAGUAUCAGAGCUCUGUGGCAGAGGAAGAUCUUGAUUCUUUCUUAAGAAAUACAAAAUUCCAGUAUGAAGCUUUUCGAAGUAGUAGACUUUCAUCUGAUGCUACAGUACUGACACCCAACACGGAGAGCAGUUGUGACCUAAUGACCAAAACAAAAUCGACAAGUGGAAAUGAUGACAGCACCUCAUUAGAUUUAGAGUGGGAAGAUGAAGAAGGCAUGAACAGAAUGAUUCCAAUGAGAGAACGCUCCAAAACAGAAGAAGACAUACUCCGGGCGGCACUGAAAUUUAAUAGCAAGAAGCCGGGAAGUAACCCAGCUUCAGCCUCUGAUGAUUCUAAUGGAUUGGAGUGGGAGAAUGACUUUGUUAGCGCUGAGAUGGAUGAUAAUGGCAAUUCAGAAUAUGCCGGAUUUGUAAAUCCUGUAUUAGAUUUGUCUGCAUCAGAUGUAAGGAUAUCUGAAUCUGAUCAUCAAGACAGAUAGUGAAACUGCGUGGCCCUUGCUUAUGACCAAAUGUUGAGAAGCGAAAGAGAAUGUAUGGAACAGAUUCGCUCUUUUGUAACAUGGUUCCCUUUUUCGUAUAAAUUGAUCAGCAAGGAAUGGGAAUGACUUGCUCUCUGAAUUAAUUCAGAAUUAAGUGCAAUUUUAUCAUCUACCUUCUAAACUUUUAUGAAAACUGGGAUAAUUCUAUUGUGUAUAUUUCUGGGUAUCUGGAUUUAAUAUAAAAUUAUCUGCACUAAUUUAAGCUUCAUAGCUUGACAUAUCUAUAUUUUAACUAGCCUUUUUUCUGGAUGAUGUUUCUACUGAUUUUUUGCUUUUAGAAUCCAUCAUUGGCCUACUACUGAUCUCAGAAGCAGUCUUACCUAAUUUAUCUAAUACUUGAAUAUAGAAAAAACACUUCUAAAAAAUUUUAGUUCCAAUAUGUGCUUUUUGACCUGUUCUUUAGCUCUUUAGAGGGUGUACUUAGCCAGCUGCAAAACAAAUUUCACACAUGGUAAACUACAUUUUUUUUUUCCCCCCCGUCUAGCUUUUACAGUCUUCCUAGCCUUGUGCUGUCCCCUUUUUUUUUAUUACUUUAUGUGAAGCACAGGUAACCUCAACAAACAACAUAGCCUAAAUCAUCAGGUUAGGUAAGAUAUUGUGUUGUAUAAUAUGCCAGGCUUAGUAUGUAUGUUUUAGAUAGAAAAACAACUAUAAAUUCUUCAUGUGUCAAAACUAGAAAUUUUAACCAGUAUCUAGUGCAGAACUGGGAGGACCAAAGUCUUGAUUUCCCCAGCCCCCCCCACCAGACAUCUGUUAUUACAUGGUCCUUAAAAUUCUUUAGCUGUGGAGAAAAUAUAAUUCACCUUGACCGGAACAAUUAUUGAAAAGCAACAUUCGCUGAGCAAAGUGGGUGAGGGAUGACUGCUUUGCUGCUGGGGUGGGGAGAAAAAGAACCUAAAGACUGAAUUUCUAUAUCUGUGUUUUAAAAAAAGAUUCCAGUGACAAAACUGUUUAAGUGCUCUAGCUUUCCUGUGCCUCUGAACUGGAUGGUUAAUACUGCUAACACGGACUGAAAUUCAAGGAGGUGUCCAGUGACUGCAAAUCUGAUUUAAUGUGUUGUGUGAUCUUCCCUGAUAUUUAAUGUAAGUUAUACUUUUUAAAAAAGAAAAAGCUCACUAAAGAGGAAGUGCAAAAUGCUUGUAGAUCUCAGGCUUUCCCCAAAAUUUCAGUAAAGCCAUUCUACCCUACUGGUACUUUGUGUAGCUGUCUUGUUUUUCCCUGAAAAAAGGGGGGUGGGGUGUAGCUUCACCAUUGUGGAGUAAAAGCAAGAUGCUGUGUUAGAUCUGCAUCUUCAGAAGAACAGAAACUGAGCUUGGUGAAAGCUGUGUCACCAUUUUAGAUCAUCUGAGCCAACAUAUAACAUCAGGCUCACUACAGCGUGCUCAUCUUCAUGAUACCUUCAACAAAAAUACCCCACACUUGGAUUAAAUAUGUACAAAUAGCAACACUAAUGAACAGAUGCAUCUUGUUGAUAACAUUCCAUUUCUUAAACUGUAGCUAUGUCAUUAAAUAUUUUAAUGUCAUUAUGUACAUUCGCAAUGCCUGUAAUAAGCUUUAAAAAUUUGUACACAUCAAAUGUAUAUUUUUGCUUUGGCAUAAGCUACUACUAUAUAACUUCUCCUGAACGUUUACUUGUAUAAUAUAUUCCUAUGGAAACUGAGGCACCUUUCUCGACAUGUAAAUAACAUGGUUUUUACCUGUGGGAACUGUAACUCACCUUGCGGUGGUCACUACUUUUUCCUGACCAGUGAACAUGAGGUUAACUUGUCCUGACCAUGCUUUGAGGAAGUGAACUAGCUGAUAGUGCUGCUUGUAGAGUGAAAAAGCACUGAGGAAAAAGGAAGCUGAUGCCGGUCAAGGGCUUUUACUGUGAUGGGCAUGUUCUGUAGCCAUGAUUAAUAGCAUCCUGCUUUUCAGAGUUCAGUGCACCGCACUGAGUGAUUUAAUUAUGGUCAAUACUUGUGGAAACUUAGGGAAUUGAAAGACUACAUAAACAGCUCAAGUGAAACAAUUCAGCAGUACUGUAAAAUGCAUAUCUGUACAAAUUUAGAAGUUAUUAAAAUUUUCAGUUGGUCUUAAA